AUGUUCGCUAAAAAAAAAAAAAACUCUAAAUUAAGAAGAAAAUGUGACAACUAUAUUGACUGGUCGAAUAGACACUCCGAACUAGACCUCACAAGCAAACGUCUAUUGAGCGUAAUAAAAAUUAAACCUUCAUGGACUUAUCGAAUUCAACUGUGCAGUUGUGGCAGCAAGUCCAAUAUUGAGAUUGUUCAACGUUGCCAGGACAUCGUUCUCCAUACCAUUGUCACAGCAUACCAGUAUGACAGAAACGACAUUAUCCACCAAGAUAUGAUGAUCACCUCCGUCCAGGACGAGACUACCAAGUUUGCCCGCAAACAUGAGAAAAAGCUGGGUCAACACACCAAUCCAGGAGCAAUUCGACAACUCUCAAGAUGUGUUUUUUCUCUAUCGGAAAACAACCUUUUCAAUUAG